CCGUUACCUUUUUGGGUCAUGAUGAUGAAGGCCGGUGACCGACCUUCCAGUCUUAGUCUCACGGAAAGCGAAAGCCACGCAUAAAACCACAACCACAACGGCCCCCCAAAAGCAUUUUUUUUUUCAACUUUGAUCAAUGAAUUAUAAUUAAAUAAUCAGGCAGACAGACUUUUUGAUUUUUUUCUCUGAGACACUGAGACGUAUAAGUCGUAUACCACUCUUUUCCCUGGAUUUGUUUUGUUUAAUUUUCACCUUUUGGUUUUUGUUUUACUUUUACCUAGGUGUUGAAUGGUAGAGUAAAAGCUUCUGGGAAUUUUACAGAUUUUUUUUUUGGGUUUAAUUAAGAAAGGGAGAUUUAUAAUGAAAUAAUUUUAAAAUUGAGAAUUACAGUACAUCACAGAUCAUCUUUCUUUGCUUUCCGUUAGUGAUAAGCACGCCUGGCACUCAUCAUUCCCUUCGACCCCUUCUCUCACUGUCUGGAAUGUUUUUGCUGUGCAUCUUCGACUUUUACUUUCCCCAAAUUUGAUAACUUUUUUCUGAAACGUUUCGUUGCUUCUGCUGCUGCGGGAUCGAUUUGGUUUGGCCGUAGGGGUUUUGGUGAUCAAUCGGAGUGGAUUCGGCGCUUUCUUGGGCAGAGUUUUAAGCCAGUGCAUGAAGGCUGGAAAAAUAGUAGUGACAACUUCAGCUUGGCGUUUGGCAAAAUGGUCCUCAGGAUAUCUUUGAUCGGAAGUUGCAGUCCAAAGUAGUGUGAAGCAAUUUUAUAAACCCAUAGAACGGUAUGGCUGUUUCCAUGAGGGACUUGGAUCCUGCUUUUCAGGGAGCUGGACAAAAGGCUGGCAUGGAAAUAUGGCGUAUUGAAAACUUUCAUCCUGUGCCUGUUCCAAAGUCCUCGUAUGGAAAGUUUUUCACAGGUGACUCGUAUAUAAUUUUAAAGACUACAGCCUUAAAAAGUGGUGCAUUCCGUCAUGAUAUCCAUUAUUGGCUUGGUACAGAUACCACCCAGGAUGAAGCUGGUACUGCAGCAAUCAAGACAGUUGAACUGGAUGCAGCUCUUGGUGGACGUGCUGUUCAAUACAGGGAGGUACAGGGUCAUGAAACUGAGAAGUUUCUAUCUUAUUUUAAACCAUGUAUAAUACCUCAAAAAGGUGGAGUUUCAUCGGGCUUCAAGCAUGCUGAGGCUGAACAGCACCAAACACGCUUAUAUGUAUGCAAAGGGAAACAUGUUGUCCAUGUAAAAGAGGUCCCAUUUGCUCGAUCCUCACUCAAUCAUGAUGACAUUUUCAUUUUGGAUACUGAAUCUAAAAUUUUUCAAUUUAAUGGUUCAAAUUCAUCUAUUCAAGAGAGGGCCAAAGCUCUAGAAGUUGUCCAGUAUGUCAAAGACACAUAUCAUAAUGGGAAAUGUGAGGUAGCUACCAUUGAGGAUGGGAAGCUAAUGGCUGAUGCUGAAACUGGAGAGUUCUGGAGUUUCUUUGGUGGCUUUGCUCCACUCCCAAGAAAGGCUGCAUCUGAAGAAGAUAAAACCAUUGAAGCUUUCCCCCCGAAGUUACUCCAGAUUGUCAAGGGGCAGUCAGAGCCUGUGCAGGCUGAUUCGUUUACAAGGGAUUUGCUAGAUACAAACAAAUGUUUCCUUCUGGAUUGUGGGGUUGAAGUUUUUGUAUGGAUGGGGAGAAAUACAUCUCUUGAUGAAAGAAAAACUGCUAGUGCAGCUGCAGAAGAGUUGACUCAUAGCCCUGAGCGACCAAACUCUCACAUAAUUCGUGCUAUUGAGGGGUUUGAAACAGUGGCAUUCCGCUCAAAAUUUGAUUCAUGGUCUCAGACGAGUGAUGUGACUAUAUCAGAGGAUGGUAGAGGCAAAGUUGCUGCACUUCUAAGACGUCAAGGAUUUAAUGUCAAGGGUCUCCUGAAAGCUUCUCCUGUGAAAGAAGAACCUCAGCCAUAUAUUGAUUGCACAGGCAAUCUGCAGGUCCAAUUGCUAACUCUAGUUUCCAGCCUGGAUAAACAGGUUUGGCGUGUAAAUGAGCAGGAAAAAGUUAUGCUUCAGUCUUCAGAGCUGUCAAAAUUUUACAGUGGAGAUUGCUAUAUUUUUCAGUAUUCAUACCCAGGAGAAGACAAAGAAGAACACCUUAUUGGCACUUGGUUUGGAAAGCAGAGUAUUGAGGAAGAAAGAACUUCAGCACUCUCACUGUCAAGCAAGAUGGUUGAGUCCUUAAAGUUCCAGGCUGCUCAGGCUCGUAUCUUUGAAGGGAAUGAACCAAUUCAGUUCUUUUCAAUUUUUCAGACCUUUAUUGUGUUUAAGGGUGGCCGUAGUUCUGGGUAUAAGAAUUACAUUGCAGAGAAAGAAAUCACAAAUGAAACAUAUAAUGAGGAUGGCCUUGCAUUGUUCAGAGUUCAAGGUUCCGGACCUGAAAACAUGCAAGCAAUUCAAGUUGAACCGGUGGCAUCAUCUCUAAAUUCCUCUUAUUGUUACAUAUUACAUAGUGGUUCCUCUGUCUUCACCUGGUCUGGAAGCCUAACCACCUCAGAGAACCAAGAGCUUGUUGAGCGACUGCUUGAUCACAUAAGGCCAAAUGUGCAGUCAAAACCACAAAAGGAAGGCACAGAAAGUGAACAAUUUUGGGAUUUGCUUGGAGGUAAAUCUGAAUACCCUGAUCAAAAAAUCGUAAGAGCAGAAGAAAGUGAUCCUCACCUAUUUUCAUGCACUUUCUCAAAAGGCAACCUUAAGGUGACAGAGAUAUUCAACUUCUCCCAAGACGAUUUGAUGACAGAAGAUAUAUUUAUUCUGGAUUGUCACUCGGACAUUUUUGUUUGGAUUGGGCAGCAAGUGGAACCAAAGAAUAGAAUGCAUGCUUUGACCAUUGCAGAGAAAUUUCUUGAACAUGAUUUUCUUCUAGAAAAUUUAUCUCAUGAAACUCCAAUCUUUAUUAUAACGGAAGGAAGUGAACCACCCUUCUUUACACGUUUUUUCUCAUGGGACUCUUCGAAAUCUGCAAUGCAUGGAAACUCGUUCCAGAGGAAACUUGCAAUAGUGAAGAAUGGACUCACUCCGACCCUUGAUAAGCCCAAGAGGAGAACACCAGUAUCAUACGGUGGAAGGUCUAGUGUGACAGAAAAAUCACAGCGGUCCAGAAGCAUGUCUUUUAGUCCUGAUCGUGUUCGUGUGAGAGGCAGAUCUCCAGCUUUCAAUGCACUCGCUGCUAACUUUGAGAACCCAAGUACCAGGAACCUUUCAACUCCACCUCCUGUGGUUAGAAAGCUCUAUCCGAAGUCUGUGACCCCAGAGUCAUCAAAACUGGCUUCAAGAUCAGCAGCAAUAGCAGCCCUUACUGCAACUUUUGAACAGCCAGUCCGUGAAAACAUUGUAUCCCACACUCCUAAAGCGAGCCCUGAAUCUUACAAAACAAAACCAGAUAGCAACAUUAAGGAUAACAGCAAUUCCAUGAGCAGUAGAAUUGAAGCUUUAACCAUAGAGGAGGAUGUGAAGGAGGGUGAAGCUGAAGAUGAGGAGGGACUUCUGAUAUAUCCCUACGAACGCCUUAAAAUAUCAUCAACAGAUCCUGUUACAGAUAUUGAUGUCACCAAGAGAGAGACUUACCUAUCUUCACAAGAGUUCCGGGAGAAAUUCGAGAUGACAAAGGAUGCUUUCUAUAAGUUACCCAAAUGGAAGCAGAAUAAGCUUAAAAUGGCUCUCGAGUUGUUCUGAGUUUACUUACCAUCACCAUUUCUCUUCAGAUUCCUGUAAUAAAGAUGCAGAUGGAUGAAUGCAUGCUUGUGAAGUUGGAGGAUGCAAAUUGUUAGGCGUGGAGGGGUGGGCAUCAGUGCAUUUUUAGCUGCUUCUGCUCCCCAGAAGCGUGUUUUAGGACAGUUGCCAGGUUUUGCCAUUUUUGUUUGUUGCUUGUCCAGGCUUUUUCUUCUUUUUUUCCGAGUGAUAUGCUUGGUAUUCUUUAAGGUCCAGAUUGGUUCUGAGCUUGCAUUUUUGUUUCUUUGAUUUUUUUAUUCAAAAAUUGUUUCUACCUGAGAGAUCAUAGGGCUUGUUAUUGCAGACCACUUAGAUUGUUGUCUUGCAUAACCAACUAUGGAAGGUGAUGUGUACAGCAGUGUAAAAUCAUUUGAUGCAAAUACCAGCAGUGUCCAUUUCUCCCAUAAUAAAGUCUUUUUUUCCUUUAUUUUA